AUGCCAACAGACGAUCAAAUGCCAGAAAGACGCCGAGAGCCGCACGUAACCCAGGGCCAUCGAGAAUCGUUGAACAUUUUACACGAAAUGUGCACGAUUAUGAAUAUUCAUUUCACUCGCAGCCAGCUAGCAAUAUGCAUAUCGCUGAUUGAAGAUGGAGUCGAUCCCGAGGCCUUAGUUACUGUGGCCAGGGUUUUGAUGGAUGAAUAUCCGAAGGAAGAAAAAGAUUCUAAUGGAGAGGGAGAUAUUGAUGCGAAGUCGGUUCUGCAUCAAAACAGCCCACCAAGAUGCGUACUACUGCACACAACAACCAACACCAUCAACACCAAGUUCAACUCAAGCGCCUUCCUCGAUCGAGGAUUCAGUUCACAGCCAUGGGAUCUCGAUGGAUUAACAACUCAGUGCAAUCGCGAAAGCACCGCAAAGAUACCCGAUCGCGAAUUCAAUAAUCUUCUCAUGGAGAUUGCUUCAGCAGGUCAAACGGAUAUUCUUUUUGAGCGUACAGUUGAAAGCGUUAUAGCAAAAAAGCUUGCAGAAUUCCGCUCGAGGUUUGAGGAACAGUCAUUCGAUCUGAUGCUUUCUGGCCCCCAGCUUUUCGACGACGAAUCUAAGCAAUUCCCUUAUCUAUCAGCCCUCAAUCAAACGCACAUUAUCUUCUAUUUCGAGUCGUUCAUCUCAAUAUGUCUCCCGGAGCCCUUAAAUGGAUUGAAGAUAAAUUAA